AUGCCGGAUCGUCCACAUGGCGAGACGGCGCCGUCACCGUGCCCCGAGGCAUCCGUACCUCCUCCUACUCACCAGCUCCAGCGUGGUGCGGCCUGCACGCUGCUUGCUGGCAGGCAAGCUGGCCACAGCAUAGGCUUCGAACGCUCGAACACAAUCCUCCUCAUGUUCUACCUGGAAUACCUGCUCACCUUCCUGUUCCCGUUCUACCGCCCUUCUAUCCUCCAGGGCGGACGGGCAUGGGUUCUGGAAAUGAUGAUCAGCAGCCCGGUUGUGCGGCAAGCUACCCUAUGCCAGAGCUCCUACUUCUUUUCUCUUGCGCAAAAAACAGGACAUGGCGAUGAGAUAUGGGAUACAGUCAUGACAAAGACCGGGGACGCUUUUCGAGUAUUAGAGCGGUCGCUACAGGUGAUCACAGACUCCAGCAUCACGGAGCAUCUGCACGGUGCCGUACGGAUUCUGGCGAGCAUCAUGCAGCUCCAGCGCUUCGAGAUCGCAGUGCUGAGCUUUCAUAACUGCCAGUCACACUUCCACGCCGCCCUGGCCCUUUUCAAACAGCUCCUUGACAGCUCCACCGCUGCCGAGCCACCGGCCGGGCCUGCUGCUGGCUUUGACUCCCUCCUAUGCCGUCUGGGGCCGCCGUCGUGGAUGGAGCACGGGCAACUGCCCAUCCCGAGCGCGGAACAAGCUGCCUUCCGCUUCUCGUCCACCCUCUUGAUAUUAGAUGACAUAAUCGCCAGUACGGUGCUCCAGGAACAGCCUCAACUUUACGAGUACCAUCAUGACCUUUUGUGCAGCAUCGAUGAUGGUGUUGCCAAACCCCGGAUCGACCUGGAGGCCGUCGUGGGUUGUCAAAACUGGGUGUUGCUCCACAUCGGCGAGAUUGCUAAGCUGGACGCCUGGAAGCAGCAAUGUAAGCAGGCUCGGGACUUUGACGUCCUAGAGUUUGUGCGCCGCGCCACGGCGAUCAAGGACUCGCUCGAGGCUUGCCUCACACGGCUCGAUGCUGACCAGGUCAUGCUUCCGAUUGAGAACGGCGAAAGCCUGCUGGACGUCCUCAACCCGGGCUACUGCCAGCAGCAGCCAAAUACACCGACGACCAGCGAGAAAUCAUCCCUAGCUACCCGCGUCUGGGCCCACGCGGCACAUAUUUACCUCCUUGUUGUCAUGUCAGGGUGGCAACCCGCUAGCAGUGCCGUGCGCUAUCAUGUCGGGCGGAUCAUCGAGCUGUUGACGCACCAGGUCUCGCCGCCCGCGCUGCUGCGCACAAUGGUGUGGCCUUUCUGCGUGGCGGGCUGCCUCGCGGAGCCGGCCCAAGAAGUCCACCUGCGCGGGAUAGCAGAAGCGCUACAGCCCCCAAGCGUAUUUGGUACAGUCCGCAAGGCACUCGAAAUUAUGGAAGGCGUGUGGCGCAAUAGGGAUGGAGACGUCGCGAACCGCGACCUCGCCACGUGCUUCAGAAGCCAAGGCGAUCUGGUGUUACUUGUCUAA